AUGGAUGUUUCCAAGCUUUCCGACGUUGAACUUAGAGAGGCUCUCGUUUCCAAUGGAAUAAACCCGGGCCCGAUCGGCCCAACGACUCGAUUAGUCUAUGAGAAGAAACUCUCCAAAGUCCUCAACGAUGACGAUCAUAACGUCUCUCAAACUAUUGAACUGAACAUUUCGAAGGUUAUCGAGCAGCCCGUCACUCGAUCGCCAGUCCCGCAAGUUGAGAUCGCCCAACCGAUUCAACCGGAAGCUGGUGAUCUCAGCAGAACUGCAAUUAUUGACGAGAAGGAGUUGGAUAAGGACGAGUCCGAUGAGGAGGAUUAUGAGGGUGAAGAAUCGAUGCGAUACUUGACUGAGGAGGAGAUUCAGGCAGAAAGAAAAGCUAGGAAGCAAAAUAAGAAAAGCAACACUGUCAAGAAUAUUGGUAUCUUCGCAAUCGCGUUCGGCGCCAUCGCCGUUUUUGCGUAUUUUCUCCUGGAGAACACCGAAAUGCUUUUGGCUUCGAUGAAAGCCAACGAGGAUGAUCAGCUUUAA